AUGAAGGAAUUAAUUCAAAUGCAGCAAGCUGAUUGCACUUGCCAUAGUGUAUUAUUGAAUCGGAAAAUUUUGGUUUCUGGAUAUGAAAACAAUAGGAUUUUUCUAUAUUCAAUUGACACCGACUCUUACUCCAACAUUCCUUAUUGCUUUGAAUAUCAUGUACCAAAAAUACUUAUAAAUGCAGAAAAUAGACUAUAUUUGAUCGAAUUAGAGCUUGGCUUGAUCUAUGAAAGAUGGAUUGAAGAUGAAUAUAAUUGGAAGCAAAUAGCAAAGUCAAAAAAUUUGUUAUCAUAA